AUGAUUCCCAUUUAUCUCCGACGCCUAUGCUUCACACGCACGCGUCUCCGAGCUCCGCCCACUCUCGCAGAGCCCCGCCCACUACUUGACCUCUUGACCAAUCACCUCAUCGACGGAGGAUUUUUGCCGGACCGCUCCCAGCCUCCGCCCACACGCCCGCGCUGCCCGACGCCCGCGCACUCGCUGGACCAACACAUGAUCCCCAGGGCAGUGUACAUUCCUCAGGUGGUGUACAUGCCUGAGACGGUGUACAUCCUGGUCGGACGUAACCUAACAUUUUCGCAGCAUCACUGGCAAACAGUUGCCGCUCACGCCUCUGCGUACAUGCACACAAAUUCAGUUAAGAUGCAGACUGACCCACAGACACAGACACACAUGCACUUGCACUCAAAUCUGGAUUUGACCGCGUCGGCUGAUGGCCUGACCUCUGACCUCCGUUCUGCUCCCUUAAGUUUCGUGGAGUGUGACCUCGUCUCGUCUGGGAGCGCGGAGUUGUCCCUGCAGGGCGAUGACUUCACGCGUCAAAUCUGGCACAUGUACGCUACCUUCGAAGAAUUCAUAGAUCACCAGCAGACGUCGGGAGAAGGCAGUCCCGCCUCGCGCCCAUCCCCCACAGGCACCUCCGGGAACGAGGCGCCGCCCCCGCCUGCGCCGCCCGGGGGGUUGGGCGCCCACAGCCCGCGGGAUGUGGUGACUAGCCUGGGCUCCGUCACCAGCCACGCUUCCGCCUCCUCCCCCAGUCGCGACGUCGCUGCUUCGAUUCCCACCAGCCGCGCCCACAUGGCCGAGGUGGCUCUCCCCCAGGGCGCGGUGCCCUCCGCCUCCCACAUGGGCUCGCACUCGCCCCUCACGGCGCGCGACGACCUGGCGCUGGCCUCGCCCCGCCGCCGCCGCCGUCCGCGUCGCCUGAGACGGUCCGUGGAUAAUCCGCUUCUCGACACCAUCAGUGCCAUUGGCGAUCCGGACAGCGACGAGGGGGACCUGCUGCCCCCUGCGCCGCCCCCGUCGGCGUCCUCGUGUUGGGGGCCUCGCCUCCACCCGGACGCCGACGUAGUGGGCUACGCAGGAAGCAACAGCGUCGACAGCGGUUAUAAGAGCGCGUGUCCCACUCCGGAGCUCCCCGACCCCUCGGCCUACUUGGACCACCGCCUGGAGAAGCGCGGCUCCCUGGCCUCCCUGGCCUCCACCGGCUCCUCCUCGGGCAGCGGCGGCGCCUCCAAGCCCCGCAUCGCCAUGGGGACGCGCGUCAUGUCCCGCGUCCCUCGGUCGCCGAGCUCAGGGGGCAACGCGCCCUCGCCGGGCCUGCCUCGAAGACCCGGCUCGGAUGGCUCCUACUACGACCUGGACCAGUUGGCAGGAAUCCGAGGGGGCAUCCUGGGGUCGCCGCCCCCACACGCCACUCCGGCUGAAGUCAGAAAUCCCGGGUUUACCCGUUACUCUCCCAGGGGAUCCCCCGCUCCCCAGCGCAACGCGUCCCCUGGAGGAGCCACCCCUCGGGACACGCACGUGUCUCGUCGGGCCGCCUCGCCCGCUUCUCCCGAGCGGCGGCCCCGAAGUGCGUCGACAGGAUCGCGGUGCUCGCCGGGCACCAGGGGGCGGCGAGCCCCUGGCGGCCUCCGCGCCGGCUCGCCCCUCCUGGCGUCCACGGGGUCGCUCCCACGGGCGGCGUCUCCGGGGCGGCGGCCGCGCGCCCCCUCGCCCGCCGCCAGGGAGGAGUCACGCCCCCCGACCUCAUGGUCCAGACACUCCUCGCCGGGCGUGGCGCCGCCCUCGCGCUCCCUUCGGCGCCCACCAUCGCCCAUCGUGGGCGUGCACGACGACACAGACCUGGCGCUGCUAGAGCGGGAGAUCGAUGCGCUGCUGUACGGGGGCCGGGCGGGGCGCUGCGACCCCCUCGCCCCGAACCCUGCGCCGGACUACUAUGACCUGGACUCGGAGUUCGCGGCCUGCACUUGCCCCGCCUUCAGCAGACCUGCACCCUCAGGGACGACGGCGGAUCUGACGGCCUGUUGCUCGGCCAGUGACGGAGUCGGGGGGAGCAGCGCGGCCCUGUGCCCCCCUGGGUGCGCCCCCCGGCUCCCGUGCCCGCCCCCCCACUGCUCCCCGGCGGUGGCGCGCUGUGUCCUGGCGGUGCUGGACGACUUCCACUGCCGCUCCGCCCAACCCGCCCCGCGCGCCGCCCGCAGCCUCUCCAGCGACGGGCGUGAGGCCCCGGGCGCGGCCUCGCACGGCGGGGCGGGGGCGCUGUCCCCCUUCCACCACCCCCACGACAUCUUCCAGGACCUUCGGCGGCAGCAACAGCAGCACUUUCUCCAGUCAUACCAGCAGCACCUGCACCCGAUGGACGACACGACCUCGGAGUCGUCCUACGACAGCGCCUCCGACUACCACCUGUACGAGGAGAUCCUCUACGAGGCCACCACGGCCUCGAAGCCUCCUCAGUCUGUCCCUCCGCCUCUGCCGCGACCGCAGCAGCAGCAGCCCCAACAAGAAGUACAAACCCAGCAGAAGCAGGCGGCCAGUCACCCGGUGUCCCCGAAGCACGUAGACGGCCCGGCGCAGCAGCCGUCGGCGCAGAGUCCCGGCGCCGCCAAGCCCGCGCCGCCUCCCAAGCCCCCGAAGCCAGCGAGGCCGGCGGGCCCGGCCGCCGCAGGCAAGCCGGUGCCGCCGCCGAAGCCCCCGUCGGCGGCGCUCCCCUCGCCCGUCAUCGCCGUCACGCCGCCGGCCCCCUCCGGCGCCUCGCAGCCGCAGUCCAAGGCCGGCAGCAGCAAGUCGCCCCCUCAGGCCGCGAAGGACAAGCCGGGGCAGAAGGAGCAGGAGCAGCAGAAGGGCGGCGAGGGCGCGGCCGCCCUCAAGCCUCCCACCAACAAGCCCAAGCAGAGGAGCAACCUGUACUCCAUCUUCCGGGACCGCGACCACCGCCGCUGCCUGUCGGCCUCCCUGCAGCAGGAGUACCACCAGCAGGACUACCACGCGGACGCGCAGCCCCCGCACCCUGCCUCCGCCCCCGCCACGUGCGCCUCCCUGGCCGCGGCGGACGACGACUACGGCUUCAAGGUGGUGCCCCACGUGGUCUGA